AUGCCGUACUGCUAUUACCCAUCGAAUGAGCCCAACACUAUGGUCAGCAUGUUCGAGGAGGAAGUGUUCACCAGGCAGUACACGGUGUUGAAGACCUUGGGCCAGGGUGGCACUUCCGAUGUGAAGCUAUGCUCCCACCGCCUUACAGGUGCCCCAGUUGCAGUCAAGGCUCUCUUGAGGGAGAGGUGGUUGGAGCCAACAGUGCCCGAAGUGGACAUUAUGAAAAUGCUCAGUCACCCAAACAUUGUUUCGCUUGUGCAAGUUAUAGAGACAGAACACACAACUUAUUUAAUAAUGGAGGUUGCCAGAGGAGAAGAGCUACUUAAACGAGUCCAGGACGCUGGAUGCCUGAAAGAAGAUGAAGCUAGGAGCAUAUUUGUUCAGUUGCUCAGUGCCAUAGGCUACUGUCACGGUAAAGGUGUGGUGCACAGGGACAUAAAGCCUGACAAUAUCAUAGUGGAUGAGGAUGGAAAGGCUACACUUAUUGACUUCAGCCUAGGAGCCAGAUUCCUACCUGGGCAAAAACUGGAAAGGCUGUGUGGAGCCUUCCAGUUCAUUGCUCCAGAGAUCUUCCGAAGCCUACCCUACAAUGGCACAAAAGUAGACAUGUGGGCCUUGGGGGUCAUUUUAUAUUAUAUGACGACCAGAUUUCUUCCAUGUGGAGCAGGAACCCUGUCGGAAUUGAGCUCUAAGGAAAUGCAAGGGAAGUACCAAACACCGUAUAUUCUCUCCAAAGACAAAAGACUAAACAAGAAGCUAUCAUGUUCCUUAUUAAUUGUCAACUCAAGGCAGCUGUCAAAAGCCCAAGACCUCCUAAGUCAUCCCUGGCUUCAGCAAGGGGGAAAGACUUUGACAUUCCAUUACAACAGUGACACCAGCUUCCCUGACCCUGACAUAAUGGGGGCCAUGGAAAGCAUUGGGUUUCAUUCCCAGGACAUCAGAGAAUCAUUAACCGAGUUUGACAAAACUAUGACUACCUACCACCUCGUGAAAACCCAGGCAUGUCAGGACGAUGGCAAUUAUGUACAAACAGAUGUAACUAACCCAGGAGUGACAACUUUCCCUUCAGCAACAGAUCCUGACACUUACCCUCUGCCUCCCAGGAGAAAGGCCAGUGAACCUUCCCUUAAGAUAUUAGUCUCAUCUACUGGACAACAUCAUCUAAAACAAAGUGGGGAGACAAAUGCCCCUGUUGCAUACAAGAAAACACCCCCCUAUGGCAGUCAUCAGCCAAGAUCAAUGACUGCCCCUUGCAUCUGCAUGGCUACUUACACUGUGGUGGAAGUAAUCGAAACCCUCGAUAACACCUUCUACUCUAGCUCCCAGUUCGAAAAGGCCUCAAGUGACCCAGAAAAGAGACCUUUCAUUCCAAGACCUCCACAGCCUAGGGGAUGGGCCAAAUGGAAGAAACGAAUUUUAACAUGCAUCAGGACCCUAUGCUGCUGCUGCAUGUCACCUGACACAACAAGCCAGAGGAAGUUGUGCCCCCAAAAGAGAGAGGACACCCCGAAGAUGACAAGAACUUUCAGGCUGCCCAAACCAAUACCACCCGGGAAAUUCUUACACAUGAUCUUGUUUGACUUCCAGCAUGAGAAGCAGACUUUGCCACCAUUCAAACAGACUUCUCUUGAGAUAUACCAAGGAAUUGCUUUUGAGAACAUUUUAGCUCUGUGA